GAUGAGUAGGGUCUGGAGCGGUCUCGAGAUUAAAUGAAAAGUAUACGAGCGUUUGAUUAAGUAAUGGGAGAUUUCUUACUCGUAUGUCCCUACAAAAAUGAGAUUAUAUUGAAGUUGUUAAAAAUAAAGGGCAAAACACUUGAUUGUUUACUCUUAAUUCUCAAAAAACGUAAACUGUUAGUUAUCUAAGGAAUAUUGCAAUAUCAUCGCACAGUGAAGUCUCAUACAUAUUACAUAAGGACUUUGUAUUUCACAUUAAAUCGCUGUUAGGUGAUAAUAUUUUUAUGGCGUCAUGUCAUUAUGCUUCAUGAAUGGUAUAGUGGAGUAGAAGACUUAAACGACACGGUACUUAGGAGGAAUUAUCCAGGAUCGGCCGAUACAAGCCCAAGUAUUGCACCACACGAUAGUAAAGGAUAUGGAGGUUGCUGAUAAAGACUGUGAGGUACCAGAAGUGCCAUCCUUUGUGGAAGAUGACACCGUGGUCAAGUAUUUUAAAGAAUGUGUAGGUGUGACACUACCCCCAGACACGACUUUAAAAGAACUAAUGGACAACAGUAUCCAGUUCCCCAGGAAGUUUCCUGUCCAAACAGUAAGGUGCUCUAACCUUGUGGGACAGAAACAUGUAACAAAGGAGUUGCUGGAGGAGAAUGCAAAUUCCACAUAUCCUGUAGUGCAUGAGUCAGUGCUGUUCCUCUACAUUCACUUUCUGGAGCAUAAGAAGCAACAUGGAAUUGGUCCAGAGAGGGCAUUGUAUGCCAACAUGGGUAUUCUUGACUUUGUACAGCGCCUGCUAGAGAAAAGAUCAGCAUCAUUCUUUGCCAAAAAUGACAAAUACCUUCUGGUCAGUGGAGCUCAGGGAAUUAGUGGCUGGGAAACAGUUGGAUCGGAAAAUGAAAAGCCUCCAUUAGUUCUUGAAAAUUGUCUGAGUUAUGAUGAAAUGAAACUCUCAGCACUUUUAUCAGUAUCUUCAUGGAGUUAUUUCAUCAAUGAGGGUACACGGGAUAACAAGGGUGUCCCCCAAAAGAACACACAGAGCUUUACAACUAGGGGUAUUAUCAUUGGUCUUAUUGGAGCUCGUUUAAAACGAGUUGGGCUGAUGGAAUGGCAAGAGGUCCUGGUAACAAAGACCCAAAACACUAAGGAGAAUGGAUAUGGAGCACCUUCCCGAGUUGGGUCAUCUGAAGAAAAUAGCAAACAAGAGCGUUCUUAUUCCUGGAGACAACUGUGGGCCAAUUUCUAUGGCUUGAAACCACACCUUCCCCUGUUUGAGGAUGUUGUCAAAGUGCGUAAAUCAGGCAACAGAGCUGCCUUGAGUAGGUAUAAAGAGCUGAACAAGGAUCGACUCUUUGACAAUGUAGCUUACAAGAAGCGAGUCGCUGUCUCCAUUGAGACACUUUUAUUGGAGGCAGAAGCCAGAGCAGCUUCCAAGGGAACUACAGCUUAUAUCCAUGUGGUAGGGAUUGGGCUUGGUGUGUGGCGUGCAUCAGAACAUCAGGAGAAGGAGUUCCUGGAUGCGUUUGCAAGCUGUCUCCGCCGGCUGCUCCCAGUUAUACAGCACGUGUCAGAUAUCAAUUUUGCGUGGUUUAAGGAACAAAUGCAUGCUGAAACUUGGAAAGGAAUCACAGAACCAAAUGACAAAGGUCCUGGGAUUCACAUCUUCUUUUCUAAGAGACCACCACAUUCAAAAUUGUCAGAACCUGAAGAUGCUGGAAAACUUCUUGUAGUUUCAUAUGCAUGGGAUGGAAAUGCUCUUCCUGGUAAUGAGUUCUGGAUGGGAAAACUAAGUUCAACUGGAGAUUCGGCUGCUGCAUGUUCAACACAGGUGUCUGAACUGCACAACACUCAUGUGAACAAAAAUAAAGUGAGUGGCAACAAUCUUCACAUUGCUAGUGCAAAGUGGGGAGUCCUGCAUAUAGCAGAAUACUGUGUCAGAAGAAUGAAAAAGUGAUGCAGCAUUUGGAGUUACUGCACAUCAUACUUAUAUAUACAUAUAUAUCUUUCAUGAUAACCUGAAUUUAUUUGGCUAAGUAAUAUAUAUAUAGAAAAUUUAUUUGCUUAUGCACUGCUAUUAAAAACACCUUUGCUUCACCAGCUAACAGAUCUGCCCAAAGUGCUGUGGAACUGACACAAAUUCACUGUAAUGUUUCAGUAUCUUUAUCACGGGUGCUGUGUAGUGCCCCUUAUCACACCCUCUGGCAUGCUGCACCAUAUAAGUUCCCUGUAUCCCAAGAUCAGUGAGUUAAGCCAUUCCCAAUAUAAACCCUAAAAAAUUUUUCCUGUGUAAAUUUUCAUUCCUAAUUUUGACGGUGGUAACUGUUUUUCUUCUACUAUUAUCUCUUGCAGUGUUCACUAUCUUCCUGUAUGCUUCAGCAGAUGAUGCAGUAUAUUCACAACUUAUUCUCUCUACUUGAACAUAAAGUAAUGUAAAAUUAAAAUAAUUAUAUAUUUUAGUUAACUGAUUAAGGUAUCUUCUGUGUUAAAAUUUGUCCAUUUGAGAUUAGAAGAGUAAAGUAAAAAGUAAAAAGUAAAGCUACCCUGUACCAGACCACGAAGGCCCAUAGGGCUG